AUGAAUAAUUCUAAGAGAAAACAGCGUAGACAAACCCCUACACCAACGGCCAAACGAACACCAAAAAAACCACGUGGAAAAACACAACGACAACAACGAAUAUUUUUAUCAAAUUCAGAUGACGAAGGAGAAACAAAUGUACCACCUAUUCAAACGAUAACUCCAGUAGCAUCAACGUCGGUACAAACUCCAUCCUUAUCAGCACAAACUGAUUCACAACUUACAGAUAAUGAAGCACUACCACAACAAUAUCUAACUUCCAAUGUAUGGCAACAUGCAAAACGUAAUCCAGCCGGAACAGAGGUUACAUGUAAUCUAUGUGGAAAAGUUUUAAAAACACCUUGUGGAUCAACAACAGCGGUUAGAUCUCAUCUUGUUAAACAGCAUAAAUUGGUACAAUUGAUAUUACCAUCAAAACAAAGACAAAAUUCUGGUACAUUACCCGUAGACCAAAAACGAAAACUACAUCAGUUGUGUAUUGAAGCUAUUAUUGAAGACAGUAGACCAUUUGGUGACUUAGCCAAACCAGGAAUUUUACGUUUAAUUCAAUAUUUUGUACCAGGUACUAUAUGAUGCAUGUUCUACUGCGGAUUGUUACUAAGGUGCGCGUAAUUCAAAAAUCGAGCAAAAAAUUUUAUUUGGGGUUAGAUGGAAUUUGUUAGGCUCUACAAAACCGUAUAUAUGAAAAAAAUUUCAAACGCUCUUUUUGUGAUAAAUAUUGAAAAACUCGAAUUUUUGAGUACUGAGCAAAUACUUAAUUAUCAAAGAGUUUCACAAGCUCGAAAGACUUUUUUUCUAAUACAGCGUGUAAAACUGAAUAUAGCAACAUGAAUUUGCAAAUGAUGUGAGACGGUUCAGAUAUGCUACGAUCUAAGACUUUUGGGCCUGGGCGACCGUUUGAAGCAAUCGACUAGAGGGUGUGGCAAAAGCUUCAAGUCUCGCUAGCUUGGAUAUUUAGCCGAUAUUUUUACUUCAUUUUAUUCAUUAUAAGACUAGGGAAAAACUUCGAAAAAAACGAUAUGUAACUUUUUGCCACACCCUCUAGUCGAUUGCUUCAAACGUUCGCCCAGGCCCAAUGUGAGGUUCUACUCACUCACUUCUCAUCUUUAUUUAAGAAAGUGAACGGCUAUAUAUAGUACACAAGUUGAACAACAGUUAUGCAAGAGUUGCGCAUGAGUUACAUACGAACAGAAAUAGUUUAGG